UUUUUUCGUUCAGAUAACUGAUUGAACCGGAAAACAAUGAAGUAAAAUUCCCUCUGCCAUAGAAACAGGCUUUUCCGUUUUAGGAAAAUGUUUCAACAAUAAACUGAGAGGAAAUUUAUCUCAGAUUGCUCUGUUGCUUUUUGUCACUUUCUUCUCCACUCUUUCAAGCUUCUGUAGAUAAUAUUCUCAAAUAUCCACCUAUACCUAUGGAUUUCUAUGAACAUGCUCACAAGUAUCUAUCUGCCAAGAAAAGCGGGAACAUUUUACAAUUAAUAAAAUAAGAGCAUUUAUACGGGCAUAGAACCUUUAGAACUUGUUCUGAUCUUCAGUCGCUGAAUUACACUGCGAAACGGCGAAUAUUGUGAAUUACAGUACAUACCGCCACUUAAACAAUGUUGGGAAAUAGAGUUGUUGGAGUGCUUCACGAAUCAGGAAACAAAUGGGAAAGAAGAGCUCCUUUGACUCCCUUACACUGUGCACGCCUUCUACAUGGUGCAGGAAAAAGUGAUAGAGUUGAUUGUAUAAUUGUCCAGCCAUGCACUAAGCGUAUUCAUUCUGAUGCUCAAUAUGAAGAAGUUGGCUGUGUAAUUUCAGAGGACUUGUCUGAAUGUGGACUCAUUUUGGGGAUAAAGCAACCCAAGCUGGAAAACAUCUUACCAGACAGGGCUUAUGCAUUCUUCUCCCACACACACAAGGCCCAACCAGAAAACAUGGCACUUCUCGAUAAGGUUCUCAGUGAACGGGUAUCUUUAUAUGAUUAUGAACUUAUUGUUGGUGACAAUGGAAAAAGGUUGUUGGCCUUUGGAAAAUAUGCUGGGAGAGCAGGAAUGAUAGACUUCUUACAUGGCUUAGGCGAAAGAUUCUUAAACCUUGGAUAUUCUACUCCAUUUCUCUCUCUAGGGUCUUCUUAUAUGUAUUCCUCUCUCAGUACUGCUAAAGGUGCUGUUAUUGCUGUGGGUGAAGAAAUAGCUGCUUCAGGCCUUCCAUCUGCAGUCUCUCCCUUGGUUUUUGUCUUCACAGGUUCAGGAAAUGUCUCACAGGGUGCACAGGAGAUUUUGCGACUUCUCCCUCAUACUUUUGUGGAUCCAUCUAAGCUUCCAGAACUCAUAACAUCAACAAAAUAUGGUCAAAACUCUUCAAAGGGAUCAAAAUUUUCAAGACAGAAUUUCCAAGUAUAUGGCUGUGUGGUAACAUCCAAGGAUAUGGUUGCACCUAAGGAUUCCUCGAAGAAUUUUGAUAAAGAAGAUUACUAUGCACAUCCAGAAAAUUAUUACCCUGUCUUUCAUGAAAAAAUAGCUCCUUAUGCCUCUGUAAUAGUCAACUGCAUGUAUUGGGAAAAACGUUUUCACCGAUUGUUGAGUAACAAGCAAUUGCAAGAUUUGAAGUUGGCUUCAAAUCGUCUUGUGGGAGUUGCUGACAUAACUUGUGAUAUUGGAGGUUCAAUUGAAUGUUUGGAUAGAACAACAACAAUAGAGCGACCUUUCUUCAGAUAUGAUCCAAUAAACGGUUCCUAUCAUGAAGACAUGCAUGGGGAUGGAGUUAUAUUUUUGGCAGUUGACAUCCUUCCUACAGAGCUUGCAAAAGAGGCAACCAAGCAUUUUGGUGAUGUUCUUUGCCAAUUUAUUGGGGACAUGGCUUCUUCAAAAAGCCCUAAAGAUUUAUUGCCUCCAAUAAGGAGGGCUUGUAUAGCUCACAAAGGAGAACUUACUCCAUUAUAUGAUUAUAUCAAACGAAUGAGGGAAGAGGCAGCUAAUUGCUUAGAUAAUGUCAAUGGGGAUAGGGCACAUAAAACAUUGGUCUCUCUUAAUGGACACUUGUUUGAUCAAUUUCUCAUUAAUGAGGCAUUGGAUAUCAUUGAGACCGCUGGUGGCUCAUUUCACCUUGCUAGAUGUCGAGUGGGCCAGUCAGCUGAUGCUAUGUCCUAUGCAGAAAUUGAAGUCAGUGCCAAUGACAAGGAUGUCUUGGCUUCUAUUGUGGAUACUUUAGCUGCUAUAGCUAACCCAGAUAAUAAGCGUCGAAAAAAAUUAAUUGAAAAGGAAUUGAAGCGGUCUUCUUCAAGAAUUAGAGAAUUGAGAGAAAAUCUACAAAUGGAAGGAAAUUUUGAUGAUAGAGCAUCAGUUCUUAUCAUCGGUGCUGGGCGUGUAUGUGAACCUGCAGUUGAGUUCUUAGCCUUGAAUGGAUGCAAUGUACUUGAUUCUCCAACAAGAAAUAGUUCAAAAACUGGCACUGAAGCAGUUAAGGGUGUUCAAGUUGUUGUGGCAUCAUUAUAUCUACAGGAUGCACAAAAGGUAAUUGAAGGGAUACCCAAUACAACAGCAGUUGAGCUUGAUAUAAGCAAUUAUGAUCGUCUUCUAGAAUAUGUAUCAAAGGUUGAAGUUGUAAUAAGCUUGCUACCUGCAAAUUGUCACACAACAGUUGCAAAUGCAUGUAUUGAGCUAAGAAAGCAUCUUGUCACUGCAAGCUAUGUUGAUAAAAACAUGUCUGAUGUAAAUGAAAGAGCUAAAAGUGCUGGAGUAACAAUUCUGUGUGAAAUGGGAUUGGACCCUGGAAUAGAUCAUAUGAUGGCAAUGAAGAUGAUCAAUCAUGCGCAUGUAAGAGGCGGAAAAAUUAUAUCAUUUGUCUCAUAUUGUGGAGGUCUUCCAUCACCGGCUGCAGCAAACAAUCCACUAGGUUAUAAGUUCAGUUGGAGUCCUGCAGGAGCUUUAAAGGUAGGUCGGAAUCCAGCUGUUUACAAUUACAAAGGACAAAUCAUAAAUGUUAAUGGUGAGAACCUUUAUGAUUCAGCAACAAGCUUACGCCUUCCUCAUCUACCAGCUUUUGCUUUAGAAAGGCUUCCCAAUCGUGAUUCUUUGGUGUAUGGUGACUUGUAUGGUAUUACUGAUGAAGCUCUCACAGUCUUCAGAGCAACACUUCGUUAUGAAGGCUUCAGUGAAAUAAUGAGCUCUUUUAACAAACUUGGCUUUUUCAACAAUGAAAUUCAUCCAAUGCUGUCACAAGACAAAGGAGAACUUUCUUCAAAACCAACUUUCAAUAUGUUUCUUCAAGAGCUUUUAAAGUGUGCUUUACAAGACAGACAAACUCAGAAAGAUCUGAAAGAAACACAAGAAUGCAACACAAAGCAGAUGGAUAUUGUGGAGAUGCUAAUUAGAGUUGGCUGCUGCAAAGAAAGUGCGAGUGCAAACAAAACAGCUUCUUGCAUCAAGUUUCUGGGACUUGAUGACAAUAGUGAAAUCCCUGACAUAUGCAAGAGUGCAUUCGAUGUUAUCUGUUCACGAAUGGAAGAGCGACUAAACUAUUCUCCAACUGAACAGGAUAUGGUACUUUUACACCAUGAAGUGGAAGUAGCAUAUGAGGACGGAAGGCCAAGUGAACGUCAUGCAGCAACUCUACUCGAGUUUGGGAAAACAGAAAAUGAAAAAAUACAAACUGCUAUGGCUCGGACAGUAGGCAUUCCAGCAGCAAUUGGAGCAAUGCUCUUACUUGAGGGGAAAAUCAAGUCUACUGGAGUUUUAAGGCCUUUGGAACCAGAAAUCUAUUUGCCAGCUCUUGAGAUCUUAGCAGCAUCAGGCAUUCACAUGAAUGAGGAAGUGGAAUACAUUUGAGAGUUCAUCAAUAGUGACUAUAGCCUCAUUAUAUAUCCCAGGCUGAUCUAUUUCGAUUGUUCCCUCUAAAGGGCUUCGGAUCUAGUAUAUUGUAAAGAAUUGACAAACUUUGCGUAUGCCCACCAUUGAGCACAGAAUUUUAUUAUUAUUAUUAUUAUGUUUCAACUUGAAAGGAAAAUAAAGUAUGCCUCAAUAGAAGUUGUUAAAUAUGA